AUGGCAGAAGCUCUCGGUACGACCCCAACCAUAUUGCCAAUUAUUUAUAGGGUGACGAAGUCGGUUGUAGCUGCCUCGGCAGCAAUCAAAGGCUUACGCGCACAUUACAAGAUUAUCCGAGAUGUCUGGGACGAACUCAUUGGUCUUGAGGCCGUUUUACUCUCAUUGCGUGAAGCAUCUGAGUCUGAUCCUGCCAUAAUUUCCCUCUUGGCCUUCGCACUUGAGCGAUGUGGACAAGAAUGCAAAGAAUUUUCCUCACUGAUCCAGAAGUGUACUGUUCAUUCUGGCGGGUCAAGACCUAGUAUCCGCGAUUGGGCAACGCUUAAAUACAUUGGUAGCGACAUCUCUGGCUUUCUACGUAUGUUAACUGGAUACAAAAUGACGAUCUAUAUCGCACUGGAAACUGUCAAUAUUCGUGGACCUCAAGUCGGCGUCGAGCAUGUCCAGCUGUAUCAGAAAAUGAUUUCAGCCAAUGUCAAAACAUUGGAGGAGCGACUUACAGAAGUAAAUGGCAAGCUGGAAUCAUUAGAUCCAGAAAAUAACUCAUACAUUAUCUCUGACACGGCCGAGAGAAGGCAAAUGUUGGAAGAGAGAGCCAGCCUACAGCUUCUUAUCGACGUCUGUCUUACGGCAUCCCAAUAUCCAGAGAUCCGCCAGCCUGACAUUGUGAAUACUGAACGUGGACUCCAUGAAUCAGAACAUCUGCCUCCUGCAAAGCAAGCAACUACGCGAACUCUGAAUAACGGCGAGAUAACAAAAAUGCUUUUACCCAGUGAGUAUGACGGCGAACUGGCGUCAGUACAUUCGGUGGACAGCCCAGGUACGACAGCAACGGGUUCUUCGACGACCCUUGUCGGUGAGGUUCUGGCUGCAGCCAAUGAAUUUGUCAGUCUUCUACUUGAAGAUCAAACCUUGACCCCUUUAUUUUCGACGGCCUUCGAUCGCAUCAAGGCAGACAAGCUUGAAAGAAAUAUUAAACGGCUCCUGAAGAAGUACGCUAUUGAUCUACGGCAGGAGGCAAAGGGCGAUGUCGAAAAGAAAGCUGUGCAACUUAUCCAAAAGCGUGCGAGGUAUAUUGCAUACCGGGUACGCCUACACUACGAUAAGUCCACAGUAGAUAAGGCAGUGUGGUUCGAACAAUUGACAAAGAUGAGUUCUGAUAAACGUGCUCUCAUGGAGGACUAUCUAAGAGGCAGGACCGACAAAUCCACCGAAUCUUUACAGAGAAAGCCGCAUGGCGAUGAUGACAACGACGGAGAUGCAUCAGAUUCAAGCAUAUCGACUGAAGCUGAAGCAGAUCAGCCCGAACUUAAUGAUCUAGAUCGAGUCAAGCUCUUCAUGUUUGAGUCUGCAGCAUAUCAAAGAUUCAGGCAGAACCUCAAAGACUUCGUUCUGCCCCGCAGAGAGCUUGAGCAGCAGAACGCGACGAGUUCUAGUUUACUAAGUUUCUUAUCUCUCGAAAUAUGGGGCAAACUUCAAGUGAAAUGUGCGGAAGUCAUCCAUGCACUGCUCAUACUUUCGAGACCUGUGGUGCCUUCAGGCCACAAAAGAAUUACCUGGAUAUGUGUAAGUUAA